UAUUUUAAAUCUAUAAUAGAUGGAUACCAAAAUCCUAAGUAGAUUUAUAUAAUGUAGUAUUUGUGUAAUUUUUGAGAAUUUCCAAAAAUUAUCUUCGAAAAGCACCUUUCGAAGAAAACGUAAAUGUCAACAUAUACAUGUUUUGUGUAUAUUGCUUUGUUCGUAAUGUGAUUGGUUGAAAUUGACAAGGUUUGUAGUUCAUAUUUUAUAAACAUGUCUGCAGAAGUUGAAGUAAAUAAAAUAAAUCCUGAAAAGGCUGAAGACAAAACCGAAGAUAUGGGGGACGCCGAUGAUAAAAGUGAUACCAAUAAGAAUAAUACCCCCGUAGAUUCAACUGAAAAAAAUGAUAAAACAGAAGAUGCAUCACCAAAUGCAGAUUCUAAGAGUGAAAAAUCUGAUCAUAAAGAAAAUACUGAAAAUGGAGAUGUUCCUGAUAGUAUAGAAGAUAAGAACUCAAAAGAAACGAAAGAAACAUCAAAAAGUAAAACUGAAAAUGAAGGCAGUGAUGAGGAAUCUGAACAAGAUUCAGCAGAAGAAAAUGAAAAAGAUGCAGAAGAAUCAGAAGAUGAGAAACAAGAUAAUUCAUCAAAAGCUAAAACAGGAACUCGUGAAAGAAAACAAGUUCAAAGGUACUCUGAUGACGUUUCGGAUACUAAAGAGAAAUCGGAGGAAUUUGGAGUUUCUCUAGGAGAUAUUGUAUCUAUUGACAAUAACUUAGGGCGUGCUAAACCAGAUGAUCUUAAAGCUCUUCACAAGUUACUUUUUAAAAAUCCUGGGAAAAGCAACAUGAUUAAAAGAAAUAUCCGCAAGUUUAAUGGAUUUGAUUUUAGUGAAGAUUCUGAGCAAUAUACAUCUAAGUUAGAGACUCUCAAUAAAAUGGACAUCAAGCAGAUUAAAACAUUCUGUGAUAUUUUGGAUAUUGAAAAGAAAGGAACCAAAGAGGAAUUGGCCAAUAAUAUUUGUGAAUUUCUUAUGAAACCUAAAGAUAAUAAUAUCAUACAAGAAAGUACUGAAGAUACACCAUCAGGAAGGCCAAAAAGAUCUGCUGCAAUCAAAGCCUCAGCUAAGGGUUUUAGUGAUUCUGAUGAUAGUGAUGAAAGAGGUCAAAGAACUGCUCGUGGUAAAGGGCAGAGAUCUUCUUUAAGAGAUGAAACCAGUAGCGAAUCGGAUUACAAUCCAAGUGGGUCUGAAGGUUCUGAUGCUGGUCCUAAACGAGCUGUGAAGGGAAGAGGUCGUGGUAGACCACCAAAAACACAAGCUCGUAAAAGCCAGGAUUAUGGAAGUGAUGCAUCUGAACUAUCUGAAGAAUCAGAAGAAGUAGAUAGUGAUGCCCCACCUAAAAAACGAGGUAGAGCAGCAAAAUCAACUAAAACUGUUGCAAAGAAAUCACCACGAGCAGCAGCUAAAAAAAAAGUUGAGUCUGAAGGUAGUGAAUCAGAAGAAGACAGUGCUGAUGAUAGUGAUGAGCCUAAAGGCAAACGUGGACGUCCAAGUGGGAAAAAAGUGUCACCAGCAAGUAACAGAGGCAGGAAGCCUGCAGCAUCACCAGCAAAAUCUCGAGGGGUUCCUAAAGAACAGCUGCUAAUAAGAAACAUUAAAGAUGGUUCCAGUGAAGAAAGUGAUCAAGAAGACCCAUCAGAAAGUGAAGAUGAACCAUUGUCAAAGAAAGGAAAAUCACAACCACCUACUGAUGAAGAAUUGAAAGGGCUUGUGAAAGAGAUACUGGAUGGUGCUAAUUUAGAAGAAAUAACUAUGAAAACAGUAUGCAAACAAGUUUAUGCAAAGUAUCCCCAAUUUGAUUUGGCACAUAAAAAAGAAUUUAUUAAAACUACAGUUAAAUCACUUAUAUCAACUUGAAACUACUGAAAAGCAUGAGCCUUAGGUUAAGGAAUAGUUAUAUGUGGGUAGAUUGAUCGUAAGUUACAUUAAUAAAAUUUUAACUGAAUUUUAAAGGAGAUUAGAUUGAUUAAUUUAAAACAA